AUGCUGGGAGUUGCAGCUUUUGCCAGCUCGCUUGCUUUCGCCUUCUGCUAUUUUAUCCUGAUACCCUUCGUCAACUACUUCCGCGAUCCUAAGGGCCUGCGAAAGUACCCCAAGCUGACCUUCUGGUCUGGCAUCUCCGACCUCCCUUUCAUCUACGAGGCACACAAGGGAUUCCGAUCCAAUGCCCUCCUCAAAGCACACCAGAAAUCACCGGUGAUCCGAAUUGGGCCCAAUGCCCUGUCUUUCUCCAGUCCAAAGGCCAUCAAAGACAUCUAUGGCCACAACACUGCAUGCACGAAAGACAUCUUCUAUCAAGAGCUCGCAGGAUCACAUUAUCACCUGGCGGAUGUGAUUGACAAGUCCGAGCAUGCUCGCAAGAGAAAGAUGCUUUCGAGCGCCUAUGCCAUCAAGAACCUGGAGGGAUGGGAGUACAAGGUGGCAGAUAUGGCCAGCCGGUUGAUCCGGGCGUUUGAUGCUCGCUGCACCGCACCCCUCCCGGCCGGACAAGAUCCCAAGGAGGAGGACCUUACCAUUGACUACCGCAAGUGGACCAAUCUCUUCACGGUUGCGGCCAUUGCCAACAUUGGCUUGAGCGAGGAUCUUGGGUUUCUUGACCGCGGUGACGACCUGAUCACAUCUGAAGCUGCGGAUGGCACCCUGAAGCAGGUACAUUUCCGAGAGUGUCUACAUGCCACUGCCUGGGUGCAGUCGAAUCUGGUAUGGUCUUACGACUGGUACAAGCGAUUUGCCGCUCUCAGCAAGCUCGUGUCAUCGACAUAUCGGAAGAAGUGGCAAUUGAACCAAGACUGGGAUGGUAUUGUGCGGAACCGAGCCACGACCCGGUUCAAGCGAUACCAGGCGGGCGAGAAACUGGACGACUUCUUCACCGCCAUCCUUCACGACAAGUCAGGGACACCCAACAAUCUGGAAUGGGGUGAGAUGGUGGCCGAGGUCAGCAUCAUGAUGAACGCUGGGUCUGACACGACGGCCAUUGCCAUGAACAACGUCAUGUUCUUGCUGUUGAAGCAUCCCGAAUGCUUGAAGAAACUCCGGGAAGAGCUUGACGGCGUGUUGGACGAGGACGAGGAGGUGGCCCCCUACGACAAGGUCAAGCAUCUCCCUUACCUCCGAGCCUGUCUUGACGAGGCUCUACGGCUUCUCCCACCCACUACAUUUGGUCUUCCUCGACGCACCCCACCUGAAGGAGCACCUGUCGACGGCGACUUUGUGCCAGGCAACACGACAGUGUCGAUCUCGUCUUACAUUGCCCACCGCAACCCAACCAUCUUUGCAGAACCAGAGCAGUAUAGGCCAGAGAGAUGGCUGGGCGAUGCUGGCAAGGAAUUGCAGCCUUAUUUUAUUGCCUUUUCGGCAGGAGCACGCGGCUGCAUCGGACGUAAUAUCAGCUACCUGGAGCAAAUGGUGGUGCUGGCUUCAGUAUUGCACCGCUACGAAUUUGCCCUGCCACAUCCCAAGUGGGAGCCGACAAGAAGAGAAAACUUCAACCUGUCUCCAGGGCCCAUGCCGCUCAAGAUCUGGCGGAGGAAGAAUGCAAGCGAGGCAUGA